AAAAGGAAUGCUUUCGUCCUGGAUACGAAGUACUGCUUAUUUAGGCUGGCCAUGCACCAUGCACCACCAUCAUUAUUCUAUCCGUCCCCGUUACUUCCUUUGCGUGGCGUGUGCGGCGUUUUCAUAAAUUGCUAAUGACAUCGCAAGCGUCCCGUUCAGUUGUAGACCUCCCUAAGCGUUAACACGCUUCUUGCCAAGAUUCCAGGGCUCGCGGCAUACGCCACCUUACAACGCACCUCGGAGGUCGGAAUAUUAACCAUGCCUAAUGGAUGUAUGUGUUUUGCUGAUCAUUAAGACCUAACGCCUUUUAUGACUGCUGCAGAAGAGCAGUCCCGCGAACAACGGUGCUAUCAAGAAUUGGAAUGAUGGCGUUUCAUCCAAAUACUUCCAUCCAGAACCAAUUGUGGAUGCAGAGAGUGAAGGAGCUUGAUUGAUUAGCGUUUGUUCUCAGGCUGUACCACUGUGGUACUCCGCUCAGCAAAACUGUACAUUCUCGGUAUUUCAUGGCCUCUCCAUACCUCUUCCGAAGUACAUGAAACGCGUAUAUCUGCCUCUCACAGUGCCUGCUUACGCGAUCUUAGUUCAUCUCUUCCCUGUGUUGAAAAGGCCAGGCCUCAGUCUCAAUCUCCACCCAACAUUCUUUCCGAUAUGUCUGCCAAACCCUCUACUGGUGUUCGGUUCUACAUCCCCGAUACCUUGCGUAAUUGGCCUUGGCCUCGCCGCCUCAAUCCUCAUUAUGCUGUUUGCAAAGCAGAAUCUGCUGCAUGGUGCGAGUCGUUCAAAGCAUUCAGUCCGAAGGCCCAGAACGCCUUCAAUCGGUGCGACUUCAAUCUCCUUGCAUCAUUGGCAUUUCCUCGUCUUGACAAGGAUGGAUGUCGUAUCGGUUGUGACCUCAUGAAUGUUUUCUUCGUCUUCGACGAAUACUCUGAUGUAGCCGACGCCAAGGAGGUCCGCAAACAGGCUGACAUCAUCAUGGAUGCCCUAAGGAACCCAUCGAUCCCCCGUCCUGUCGGAGAGUGGAUCGGUGGAGAGAUCACGAGACAGUUCUGGGAGAAUGCCGUCAAGACAACGACUUUGACUGCUCAGCGUCGCUUCAUCAACACGUUCCAGCUGUACACCGACUCCGUUGUUCAACAGGCAGCGGAUCGUGAUAACCAUCACAUUCGAAGUGUUGAGCAUUACUUGGAGCUUCGCCGAGAUACCAUUGGCGCCAAGCCGUCCUUCGCUAUCCUCGAAGUCAAGAUGGACCUUCCCGAUGAAGUGUUGAACCACCCGAGUAUAGUUGCUUUAACGUCCGCGUGCAUCGACAUGCUUAUCAUUGGUAACGACCUAUGCUCUUACAACGUAGAGCAGGCUCGCGGAGAUGACGGGCAUAACCUGGUAACGAUCGUCAUGCACGAGCGCAAGUGUGACCUGCACAGUGCACUCGAAUGGAUCGGGAAGCUGCACGAUGAGCUUGCGGACAAGUUCCUGUCCAUCCUGAAAGAGGUUCCUUCCUUCGGCAACCCCGUCGUCGAUGAGCAAGCUUCAGUUUACGUUGACGGUCUUGGUAAUUGGGUGACAGCUAAUGACUGUUGGAGUUUCGAAAGCGAACGGUACUUCGGGAAGAAAGGAUUGGAAAUACAGAAGACAAGGGUGGUUGACUUGCUCCCGAAGGAAACAGGGGAGCCACCUUACAAAUACGUGUCGCCGUCUGCCCAGAGAAAGACAUUCCUGGAUAUUUGGGCGCCCGGCUCCCGCGAUGGGUUGAAACUUCCCGUGUUUGUGUCUAUUGGUAUUCUCUUUGGUGUCUGUUUGCUCGUAUCCCCUUCAAUUUCCCUUGCUUUUAUCGACCCUUUCAAACUCUAAUAUCACUCGAGUCUUCUCGUUCUGGUCACCCGCUCCUUUGGCUUCUUUUCCACAUAUCAUAGAAGUAUCAAGGCCUGGAGCCUUCGCAGCCUUUAUUAGUAUGAGUAGAUAGUGUCGGGCAGAAUGAAUAAUAGGCAAUGGCAUAAUUAGAAUUACACUGCGAACGCCAUCCGGGAUCCUUCCUUUGUAUAAGGUUCCUUAAGCUUAAUUAU